UUGUUUUGCACUCCACCCCCUGUCCAGGUCUACAUAACCCUGUCUCCAUCCUCUACCUCUCUAUUUUGCACCAUGAAGGGAUUUCACAUCGUGGUGCUGCUGUCCUCGGCCGUGCUGCUGGUCAGCGCUGCUCCGGCUCUGGAGCUGGUGACAUGCAGCAAAGAGAGUGGAGCUGCGGCCGCACGGCUGACUAUGCAUCGCAUCAACGAGAACCAUGGCCACGGCUACAAGUUCAGACUCCAAGAGAUCCAAGGCAACAAAGUGGAAACGGUGGACGGAGGCUGUAACCUCGAGCUGCAGUUGAACCUUCUGGAGACAGUGUGCCACGUCAUCAACCCCAAACACUUUGAGGACUGUGAGAUCCGUAGAGAGUCUGCGCGGGCAGUGAUGGCUAACUGCACCAUAAAGAUGAGCGUUAGAAAUACUGACGCCAACGUCACCAAGUAUGAGUGUGACACGCGACAAGUAAAAACCAACAGGGAGAUGGUGAGGAUUUGCCCUGACUGUCCCACGCUGCACCCACUGAACAGCACUGAAGGUCUGAAGUCUGUUAAUGAAGCUGUGAGCAAAUUCAACCAGAACACCACCAACCAGCACUACUACAUCCUGAAGGAAGUGGGACGGAUCAAAGUUGGGUACAUUCCCUCUGUAGGGAUGGCCUACUAUGCUGAGUUUGCCCUUGUGGAGACUCAUUGUCCAACGGGAAGCAGAAUCAAUCCUGAGGCAUGCAAACCCCUCUGCCCCGACAGAGCUCAUCAUGCUUUCUGCAAGUCAACUUACUUCAGGUCAACCGGACUCCAGUCAGUUGAGUGUGAAUUCUAUCCCCCAUCGAACACGACUGCCCUUGGCCCUGGUGAGCAAGAGCCCAUAUGCAGGCAUCAUGUGGGUGGCCAUCCUCCCCAUGUAGGCGCUGGCAGACCUCCCCUUGGUCCCCGUGACGGCGAUGGCCAUCCUCCCCAUGUAGGCGCUGGCAGACCUCUCCUUGGAUGCAUAUUGCCUCCCUUCGGUGGCAAUGGCCCCCCUCCCUCCGGAGGCAAUGGCCAACCAUCCCGUCCCUGUGGCCCUCGUCCCCAUGGAGGCGAUGGCCAUCCUCCCCGUGUAGGCGGUAGCCAUGGUGGCCCUCCUCCCCAUGGAGGCGAUGGCCACGUUGGACGCCAUCAUGCCGGCGAUGGCCACGGUGACCAAGAAAAGCAGCAUCAUAGGCCCCCAUUCGGUUCUAAGCACCACUUCCAUGCCUUCCAUCACUUCCGUCACUGCCGUGGAUCAGACCCAGCUCUCCACCCCAUUUGCCCCUGGCCUCGUCCUUGGCACCGCCCCAGCCCCAGAGACAAGGACUGAGAUACACCACACAACGCUUAGGCAACCAUAACUGUUUGACAGUCUACCAGAAAAAUUCUGUAACAGUCUCUAAUGUAUACAAGAAAUGGAACAUAUUACUAAACAUGUCAAAUAAACAGUCAUGGUGUAAAUUUC